AUGCCUUCUUUUGCUUUUGGAUCUCAUCACCAUUUGGCGAAUCCUGAAGACUCGCCGUACUCCGUCGAAAUUAGCGUCGACGGCGACUCCUCCGACUUGGAUUCCUUGUCGGAGGUCGAUUUAGAGAGCGGCGUCGUGACGGUGCCAGCGAAGCAGCUACAUUCCUGUGGUAAGAAGAGGAGGACGAGGAGGAGAAGGAAGAGGAAGAAGAAGAAGAAGAAAAGCUGUAGAGAUUGCAGGAUCUGCCAUCUGCCUUUAGAGAGUAACAAAGAAGAUGAAGAAGAUGAUGAUUCUGAUGAGCAAGAAGAUGAUGAAGAAGAGGAUGAAGCAAGAGAAGACGAGGAAGAAGAGUAUUAUGGUUUGCCUUUGCAAUUGGGUUGCUCUUGCAAAGGUGAUUUGGGUGUAGCUCACAGUAAGUGUGCUGAAACUUGGUUCAAGAUCAAAGGAAACAUGACAUGUGAGAUAUGCGGCGCAAUGGCUAUGAACGUGGCUGGCGAACAGUCAAACCCGGAGAGCACUGUCUCUGCGCAUUCACAAGCAACUACAGGACAAACUCAGAUUCAGACAGAGCCACGGGGAAUCUGGCAUGGUCGCCGUGUCAUGAACUUCUUACUUGCCGCUAUGGUCUUCGCCUUCAUUGUUUCUUGGCUCUUUCACUUCAAAGUCCUCAAGUGA